AUGCAUCGCAGAUUGAACCGAUUACUGAAAUGUUAUCGUUUAUUUGAGUUGUUCGAUUUGGCUCAAGGACGCGUCCGGCAGGUCACCGUUUCCUUACUGAAAGUUGUGAUUACCUGCGCAUUAAUCUUCCAUUGGAACGCCUGUGCAUUUUACACUAUUAGCAAGUUCAGUGACACAGCAUCAUGGGACGGCGUGAAUGUGACAUUUGACGAUGACGAAGGCUGGCCGUGGCCAUAUAUGCCAGACAAAAUCACUGAUGCCAUCUUCGCCGACUGCUCGCACUUCAAGCCAUCUCCAAAUGAAACGCUGCAGUCGGUGUUCGAAAUUCUGGACACGAUCAUUGGAAUGGUUCUCUUCGCCGGGAUCAUGGGAAGUGUUGGUGACUUGGUGGCGAAAGCAAAUAAGGUGAAAGCGGACUGGCAGCAGAGAAUGGACGGACUCAAGCAGUUCAUGACAUACAGGUUAGUAGUGAAUAAGAAUUUGAGC